AUGAAUUAAAGUUCAAUUCCAUAAGAAGAUAAAUGUUACGCUAUUGCUAUCAGCAAAGAUAACUCCAUAGUAUUAGCUGGAUUUGGUAAAGACAUUAAAGUAUUUCGACAUGAAAAAGGGUUAUUAAAUCAAAUUUAAUUAUUAAGUGAGCAUAAAAAUGAUGUAUUGACUUUAAAUUUUAUGAAAAAGACUAAUAAUUUUGCAUCUGGAAGUUUUGAUAAUUUAAUAAUAAUUUGGUAGGAGACUGAACAUUAUAAAUGGAAUUGUUAACAAAAGUUAAAUGGACAUUCAAGUAGGAUAUUUUGUUUAUUGUUAAAUAAUAUAGAUGAUCUAAUAAUAUCAGGUAGUUAUGAUAAAACAAUAAAAUUUUGGAAAAAAUAGAAUUAAUGGAUUUGUUAAUAAACUAUAACUGAUCAUACUAAUUAUGUAUAUUCAUUAAGUUUAAGUGAACAAUAAAAUAAAUUGAUUUCUUGCUCAAAAGAUUCAUANGAUCGAUAUUAUCAACAUGGACAGCCAAAAAUAUCUCCUAAAUUUUUAGAAAAAGCAUUAUAUAUAUUACCCUAUGACAUAAUAGUAAAUAAAAUUUUUAAAUUGUCCGGCAUAAGGAAGUCCUAAUUCCCUUUCUAUUUGGCAUAUUCUUCAAUUUCUUAUUAAAUAUUUUCUGAGAUGCUUUUAGGGAAUGCAAGAUUAAAUAAUAUUUAAAUAGUAAUUUUAAUAGAAAUACAAAAUGUAUAUUAGAUGUACCUAAGCCGAUCAUAGAAAUUAAUAAAUAAUGGGCUUUUGUAUAGAUAGUAUUUGCCAAGAUUAAAGGCCUUAUUGUAAUUAUUGCUUGCCUCGUCAUGGUCAACAUCUACGAAAUUAAUAUCUGUAGAACUUCUAAAUGAAUGGAUUUAGCAUCGAAUCUUUAGUGUUUAAAAUGCAUAAUAGAAUAUUUAAGAGUGCAAAUUAGCCCUUGAUAAUCUUCUUAAAUUUUUGAUACGUUAUUUUAACUUUGAUACAUAAUAAUUUCCAGAUAUAGGAAUAUCAUUAGAUGAGACAUUAAAGAAAGAAAGGAAUCUUAAAAACUAUAAGGAAUAAUUUAAAUUCCAAAUUCUGACCCCAAAAUAUUGAUUUUAGCUUAGCCAUAACACCUAAAUAUAUCUAAAUCAAAUCAAAACUAUAUAACCUUUGAACUCAUGAAUUAAAGUUCAAUUCCAUAAGAAGAUAAAUGUUACGCUAUUGCUAUCAGCAAAGAUAACUCCAUAGUAUUAGCUGGAUUUGGUAAAGACAUUAAAGUAUUUCGACAUGAAAAAGGGUUAUUAAAUCAAAUUUAAUUAUUAAGUGAGCAUAAAAAUGAUGUAUUGACUUUAAAUUUUAUGAAAAAGACUAAUAAUUUUGCAUCUGGAAGUUUUGAUAAUUUAAUAAUAAUUUGGUAGGAGACUGAACAUUAUAAAUGGAAUUGUUAACAAAAGUUAAAUGGACAUUCAAGUAGGAUAUUUUGUUUAUUGUUAAAUAAUAUAGAUGAUCUAAUAAUAUCAGGUAGUUAUGAUAAAACAAUAAAAUUUUGGAAAAAAUAGAAUUAAUGGAUUUGUUAAUAAACUAUAACUGAUCAUACUAAUUAUGUAUAUUCAUUAAGUUUAAGUGAACAAUAAAAUAAAUUGAUUUCUUGCUCAAAAGAUUCAUAAAUAUUAAUAAUAGAAUAGUCUAAUUUGGAUAAAGGGUGGAGUGUUAAAUAAAAGAUAAAACUUGAUUCGUAUGGAUAGAGAUUAUGUUUUAUUAAUGAUAACUUAUUUACAUUCUAGCCAAUAUGUAAAGAAAAGAUGUAAAUAUUUGAAAUGGAUGCUAAUGAUAAUUUGUAUAAGAUGACUAAGGAAAUUACAGUAAAGUGUGGUUCAACUGUUUGUGAGUGUUUAUUUCCAUAAUAAUACUUAAAAUCAAAAUUUCUCUUGGUGAAUAAGAAUGGCAAGAAUGUGAAUUUAUUAAAAAAGAAAGAAAAUGAUGACUUUGUAGUUGAAUAAUCUAUUGAAUUUAGUAGUCCUAAUUGUUAUGGUUAAUUAAGUGAUAAUGGAGAAUAUUUGAUCACUUGGGAUAAUGAAUCAAAGGAAAUAUAAAUUAGAAAAUUUAAGUAAUUCUGA